AAACUGUCAUUCACAGACGGCGAGAACGGCAGGGAGUAGCAAAACCGGUGAAUCUGUCUAGGAAAAAAACACCAAAAACCGUGCCGUAUUCGCAGUAUUUAACGAUCCAGUGCGUACGUAGGAAUAUUUCUUUCAUUCGACGUUAGAUGUGAUUUUCUGUGUGAUCGACAAUUGUUUUUUCUGUGUGAGUGCGGAUUUUUUGUUUCACAUUGUCUAGCUAACCAUGGCUGACGCCGAUGCGAGGGAUCGUUACGAUCCAGAACUGAAAUUCUUGUGUGUGGACAGGAACAAUUACAACGACCCGGCCACACAGGCGGAAUGGACCCAGAAACGACUGGUUUGGGUGCCCCACGAGACGCAGGGCUUCGUGGCCGCCAGCAUAAAGGGCGAGCGCGGCGACGAGGUCGAGGUCGAAAUUCAGGAGACCGGCAAAAGAACCACCGUGGCCAAGGAUGACAUCCAAAAGAUGAACCCGCCGAAAUUCGACAAGGUCGAGGACAUGGCUGAGCUUACCUGUCUGAAUGAGGCCUGUGUUCUGCACAAUCUCAAAGACAGAUAUUACUCCGGUCUAAUCUACACUUACUCUGGACUUUUCUGCGUCGUGGUCAACCCCUACAAGAAAUUGCCGAUUUACACAGAAAAGAUCAUGGAACGAUACAAAGGCAUCAAGAGACACGAAGUACCCCCACAUGUGUUCGCCAUUACCGAUACUGCCUACAGAUCCAUGUUGCAAGAGAGAGAGGAUCAGUCGAUUUUGUGUACAGGAGAAUCAGGUGCGGGUAAAACCGAGAAUACCAAAAAAGUAAUUCAGUAUUUGGCCUAUGUAGCUGCCUCAAAAUCUCCCAAGGGCUCUGGUGCGCAGAAAGACCUUAUCGGCGGAUUGGAACAACAACUUCUUCAAGCAAAUCCGAUUUUAGAAGCAUUUGGCAAUGCGAAAACGAUAAAGAACGACAACUCUUCAAGAUUCGGUAAAUUUAUCAGAAUAAACUUCGACGCUUCUGGAUAUAUUGCCGGUGCCAACAUAGAAACCUAUUUAUUAGAAAAGUCCCGUGCCAUAAGACAAGCCAAACAUGAAAGAACCUUCCACAUCUUCUACCAACUCUUGGCUGGUGCUUCUGAGGCCCAGAGAAAGGAGUUCAUAUUGGAAGACUCACGAUCUUACAGUUUCCUCCGCGAAGACAAUCACAUCGUACCUGGAGUGGACGACGCAGCAGAAUUCCAGGCUACCGUCAAGAGCAUGAAUAUUAUGGGAAUGAACAAUGAAGACUUCAGUGCCAUCUUCCGCGUCGUGUCAUCGGUGAUGCUUUUUGGCAAAAUGGAGUUCAAGCAAGACCGCAGCUCCGAUCAGGCCACCCUUCCUGAUAAUACUGUUGCUCAAAAGAUUGCUCAUCUACUGGGACUGUCUGUUACCGACAUGACCCGUGCCUUCCUGAAACCCAGAAUCAAAGUAGGCCGUGAUUUUGUAACUAAGAGCCAGACAAAAGAACAAGUAGAGUUUGCCGUGGAAGCCGUUUCCAAGGCUUGUUACGAGCGUAUGUUUAAAUGGUUAGUGACUAGAAUAAAUAGAUCUCUUGGUAGGACUAAGAGACAAGGAGCUAGUUUCAUAGGCAUCCUUGAUAUAGCAGGUUUCGAGAUAUUCGAGUUGAACUCUUUUGAACAACUGUGUAUUAAUUACACCAACGAAAAGCUGCAGCAACUCUUCAAUCACACCAUGUUCAUCUUGGAACAAGAGGAAUAUCAGAGGGAAGGCAUAGAGUGGAAGUUUAUCGAUUUCGGUCUCGAUUUACAACCAACGAUUGAUUUAAUCGAUAAACCAAUGGGUAUUAUGGCUUUGUUGGACGAAGAGUGUUUGUUCCCGAAAGCAACCGACAAAACUUUUGUCGACAAACUCGUCAGUUCUCACUCGGUCCAUCCAAAAUUCAAGAAGAGCGAUUUCCGUGGUGUGGCCGAUUUCUCUAUAAUCCACUACGCAGGAAAAGUAGAUUACUGCGCUAAGCAGUGGUUGAUGAAGAACAUGGAUCCUCAAAAUGAAAACGUUGUCUCUUUGUUACAAGCCUCUCAAGAUCCUUUUGUGGUCCAUAUUUGGAAAGACGCGGAAAGCAUAGGUCGUGCUAAGGGUAUGUUCAGAACUGUGUCUUACCUAUACAAGGAGCAACUGGCUAAUCUUAUGGUUACUCUACGUAACACCAACCCCAACUUUGUCCGUUGCAUAAUCCCAAAUCACGACAAGAGGGCUGGUAAAAUCGAUGCACCCUUAGUCUUGGACCAACUCAGAUGCAACGGUGUCCUUGAGGGUAUCCGUAUUUGUCGCCAAGGUUUCCCUAACAGGAUACCUUUCCAAGAGUUCAGGCAACGUUACGAACUGUUAACGCCGAACGUUAUAAACAAAGGUUUCAUGGAUGGCAAGAAAGCUUGCGAAACGAUGAUCAGGACUCUAGAACUCGACAAGAACCUGUACCGUAUCGGGCAAUCCAAGAUCUUCUUUAGGGCCGGAGUUUUGGCUCACCUUGAGGAAGAAAGGGAUUAUAAAAUUACUGACCUCAUUGUCAACUUCCAAGCGUUCUGCAGAGGUUUCUUGUCUAGACGUAAUUACCAAAAGAGGGUUCAACAACUCAAUGCCAUUCGCAUCAUUCAAAGAAACUGCUCGGCUUAUCUUAAACUGAGAAAUUGGCAAUGGUGGAGGUUGUAUACUAAGGUAAAACCAUUGCUGGAGGUGACUAAGCAAGAAGAAAAAUUGAUGCAGAAAGAAGAUGAACUCAAACAGGUUAAAGACAAACUAGAGCACCACAUUAAAACUGCGCAAGAAUACGAGAAGAAAUAUCAGCAAGCGCAAGAUGAAAAAAUUGUACUUCAAGAGCAGUUGCAAGCAGAAGUUGAGUUGUGUGCCGAGGCUGAAGAAAUGAGGGCCAGGUUAACCGCACGCAAAAUGGAACUGGAAGAAAUCCUUCAUGAUCUCGAAGCUAGAAUUGAAGAAGAAGAAGAACGUACAAACACCUUGAACAACGAGAAGAAAAGAUUACAACAAACCAUAACCGACUUAGAGGAGCAAUUAGAGGAAGAAGAAGGUGCUAGGCAAAAAAUUCAGUUGGAGAAAGUCCAGUGUGACAAUAAAAUCAAAAAGCUGGAAGAGGAUCUUGCCCUGAGUGACGACACUAAUCAGAAGUUAUUGAAGGAAAAGAAAUUGUUGGAGGAACGCAGCAACGACUUAAGUCAGGCUUUAGCCGAAGAAGAAGAAAAAGCCAAACACCUGGCUAAACUGAAAACUAGACAUGAAUCUACAAUUGCAGAAUUAGAAGAACGUCUCUUGAAAGACCACCAACAGAGACAAGAAACCGAUAGGUCUAAGAGGAAAGUUGAAACAGAAGUUAACGAUUUAAAGGAACAAUUGAAUGAAAAGCGUACCCAAAUUGAGGAAUUACAACUACAAUUGGGUAAAAGGGAAGAAGAACUCGCCCAAGCGAUGGUUAAAGUAGAUGAGGAAAGCGCUUCAAAAGCUCAGUCCCAAAAAGCUCUAAGAGAAUUAGAGAGCCAGCUUAUUGAACUUCAAGAAGACCUUGAAGCAGAAAAGGCUGCUAGAAGCAAAGCCGAAAAAAUGAAGAGAGACUUGAAUGAAGAACUCGAAGCUCUUAAGAACGAGUUACUGGAUUCUCUCGACACAACUGCCGCUCAACAAGAGCUACGAUCCAAGAGGGAACAGGAAUUGGCAACUCUAAAGAAGACUCUGGAAGAGGAAACUCAAGUUCAUGAAGUUACACAAGCCGAGAUGAGGCAUAAACAUACACAGGAGCUUACUUCUAUCAACGAGCAGCUUGAAAAUCUUAAGAAAGCUAAGACUAACCUUGAAAAAGCUAAACAAGCUUUGGAAGCCGAAAACGCUGACCUUGCCAGUGAAUUACGAAACGUCGGUGCAAGCAGACAGGAAGGUGAAAGAAGGCGCAAACAAGCUGAGAAUCAAGUGGCUGAAUUGUCUUCCAAACUGGCCGAAGUAGAUCGGGCCCGAACUGAAUUACAAGAAAAAACUAUUAAGUUACAGCAAGAAGUUGAAAAUGUAUUGCAACAGUUAGAAGAAGCAGAACUUAAAGCUUCAGCUGCCAAUAAGAAUCAAGCAACUAUUGAAUCCCACUUUGCUGAAGCCCAGGCUGCUCUAGAAGAAGAAACACGCCAGAAGUUAGCUCUUAGUUCGAAACUAAGACAGCUAGAGUCGGAAAAGGAGAACCUCCUUGAACAGAUGGAGGAAGAAGAAGAAGCUAAAAAGAAUCUCGAAAAGCAAAUAGCCACCCUAAGCAUCCAACUUACCGAAGCAAAGAAGAAGGCAGAAGACGAAGCUGAGCAGGCCUCUAUAUUAGAAGAAAGCAAGAAGAAACUCGCUAAAGAUUUAGAAGCUCUUCAGAGGCAAGUCGAAGAAUUGACCGCUGCGAACGACAAACUUGAGAGAAGCAAGAAGAAAAUCGCAGCUGAAUUGGAGGAUGCCAACAUCGACCUUGAGACUCAGAGGCAGAAGGUUUCCGAACUUGAAAAGAAACAAAAGAACUUUGACAAGAUCCUAGCAGAAGAGAAAGCGGUUAGCGAACAGUUGGCCGCAGAAAAAGAUGCAGCGGAAAAAGAGGCCCGUGACAAAGAAACUUUAGUAUUAUCUGUAAAACGUGAAUUGGAUGAGUCCAACGUUAAAAUUGAAGAGCUGGAACGUGUACGAAGACAGUUGCAAGCCGAACUAGACGAACUAGUGAAUAAUCAAGGCACGGCCGAUAAAAACGUUCACGAACUGGAAAAAGCCAAGAGAUCAUUAGAAAGUCAAUUGGCUGAACUCAGAGCCCAGAACGAAGAACUUGAGGAUGAGCUUCAGCUCACCGAAGAUGCCAAACUUAGGUUAGAAGUCAACAUGCAGGCCCUUAGGGCGCAAUUCGAGAGAGACAUUCAGGCUAAAGAGGAACAAGCUGAAGAAAAGCGUAGAGGCAUUGUGAAGCAAUUGAGAGACCUUGAAGCUGAGUUAGAUGAAGAAAGGAAACAACGAGCCGCAGCCGUUAGUGGAAAGAAGAAGCUCGAAGGUGAUAUCAAGGAACUAGAAAGCCAAAUUGAAUUACACUGCAAAGUGAAAGAAGAUGCUCUGAAACAGUUGAAGAAGUCACAGCAGCAGUGCAAGGAAGCAAUAAGGGACUCGGAAGAAUGUCGGGCUGCUAGAGAUGAAUACGCAGCUUCAUGCAAAGAAGCCGAAAGGAAAGUUAAGACCCUUGAAGCUGAAGUUCUUCAACUUACGGAAGAUGUUUCUAGUGCGGAAAGAGCUAGGAGGGCAGCUGAAGCUGAACGGGAUGAAUUGCUAGAAGAGAUAAACAGCAGCAAUAAUAAGGGAAGUUUAUUAAUCGACGAAAAACGACGAUUGGAAGCUAGAAUCGCAACUCUUGAAGAGGAGAUCGAAGAGGAGCAAAGCAAUAACGAAAUUCUCCAGGAUAGGACUAGAAAGGCUCAGCUUACUAUAGAACAAUUAACCGCGGAGUUAUCGAGUGAAAGGUCGGCUUCUCAGAAACAAGAAUCCCACAGGUUGCUGCUUGAAAGGCAGAACAAGGACCUGAAAGCAAAACUUGCCGAACUUGAAACCGCCCAAAGGACAAAGACUAAGGCGACGAUAGCUGCACUUGAAAGCAAGAUUUCUAACUUCGAGGAACAAUUGGAGGUUGAGGCAAAAGAACGUCUCGUGCAACAGAAGACCAAUAGGAAACUGGACAAGAAGAUAAAGGAGCUGGUUAUGCAGCUUGAAGACGAACGUCGUCACGCCGAUCAGUAUAAAGAGCAAGUCGAGAAGGGCAAUACGAGGGUGAAGGCCCUCAAGCGUCAACUAGACGAAGCCGAGGAAGAGAUCACCAGAGAAAAAGCACAAAAACGCAAGGCACAAAGGGAAUGCGAGGAUAUGCUCGAGUCUCACGAGUCCAUGACACGUGAGAUCAAUAACCUUAAGAGCAAAUUGAGGCGAGGCACAAUGGGUCUAUCAACAUCCCGUUUAAGUUCCACCAAACGUGGUUCUAUCCAGACCAGUGGAAAUGGAUCUGGUGAUGAUUCAACCACACAAGACGAGGCCAUGGAUGGAGACGACGCUCCAAAUUAAAUAUAUUUAUGCUUCACUUAACUAUUACAACUUAAUUUUAUUAAUUAUAAUUAUUAUUUGCGCAUAUUUACUAUUAUAGCAAAAUUUCAAGUAAACCAAACUGCUUUUUUGUAUAUAUUUGUGUCUAGUACUUAGCGGGUGUUUUACAGAAAAUAGGCAUUUCUUUUAUUCCAAAAAUAAAAUUUGUAUAAAAAUUGUUUUGAAUCGAAAGACAGUCUACAGGGUAGAGGAUAUUAAUUGUUACUAUUUUCUAUUUUAUAAACAAAUAUUUCUCUGUAAAACACUGAUUUUGGUUAUUUUGAUAAUAAAUCUGCUUUUUCUUUUUUAUAUAAAUAGUGUUAAUUGUACUUUUUAUGUUUUAAUUCAUUUCCAUUUUAUAUAUACGUUUAUAACUGUGUUAAAUUCGUUGGUAAUCCUCCGAUUGUGGCAUUCCGCGUUUUUAUCCAUUUAGUUAUGAUUCUCUUAAUCAAAUGACAAGUAUUUUGCGGAAAAGCUGCAAUCACUAAAUACAUGUACCAGUUUUGCAUUAUCGUGUCAAGUAUGAUUUUUUUUUCAAUAUUGCUAAUGAACACUAGUAUAGAAGUAAAUUAACCUUUUGAUACAGAAUAUUUUGUAGAAUAUGUAUUUUGUAAAGACAUCUAUUUUAAGCUAACAUCAUUUUGAUAUGCAUGUUUUUGUAUAAACAAUUUCUUGCAUUUUGUAUAUAUUAUAUUGGGUUCAGGGCUCAUUUAACUAUUAUGUAACAAGUUAAAUAAAAUUAUUUAAGAUACGA